AUGGUGGUUCUUGAUGUCUAUAGAUUGAAUAACGUUGGAAUUGGGGCUUUCCUUGAAACUAAAAUCAAGGGAGUGAAAAUAAAGGCAGUUAUGAGUUCUACUUUUGUUGGUUGGGAGUAUUAUAGUAGUGUGAACUUGGAGGGUAGAAUUUUAUUGAUUUGGAAAGCUCAUUUGGAGAUCAUUCUAGGGGAUUUUAAUGCUGUUUUUUCUCCUAACGAUAGAUUGGGAGGGAGACCUAUCACAAUGAAAGAAAUGGAGGAUGCUCGGCAGUGGCUUGAUCUUGGCUUGGUUGAUGAAAUGAAGGUUAUGGGAUCCUUUUAUACUUGGUCUAACAAUCAAGAAGGGGGGACUCGCAUUUUCUCUAAGUUAGACAGGGUGUUUGCUAAUGAAGCCUGGCUUGACUCAUUUCCGUUAGUUGCUGUUGUUUCUCAAUGGGAGGUUAUAUCUGAUCAUUGUUUUAUUCUUCUUAAACAUCUUCCUACUUUGAGGAUGGGGUGA